AUGAUGGAGUCUAUCCAGUCCCAGAAAUUCGCCUACGUUUUUCUGGCACUGGUCGCCUUACUUGCAAGAUGGUUGUCAACAUUCCUUGCUGCCUGGUUUGGCCUGCGGCUGCUGCACUCCUACGAGGGCCGAGCGUAUACCGAAACUGUGCCACCGAAAGAGGGUUCGGCCCAUAAUACCGAGCCUCAAACAGUCAAAUUUGCUGGUCGGACAAUGGAUCUAACCCUGUUUGCCGUCACUCGAGCCCUCGAUGUCCUUGUUGGUGAUCUGUGGGCGAGGCACAAGGCCCGUCGUCUGGCCUCCAACAGGUGGUCCAAGGCUGAACGAUUUCUCUCCAAGUUUGUUGAUCCCCUUGUCUUUGCAGCUUCAUCGGGCCUUGUUAUGUGGGCUUGGUUCUAUCAUCCCAGCCGUUUGCCCCGCAGCUACAACAAAUGGAUCACUUCGGCAGCUUCCGUGGACUUAAGGCUCAUCGAAGCCCUUCGGCGGUGCCAUUCAGGCGAGUUUCAGUACGGCAAGGAGACUGGUCAGGCACAUCUCCUUCAAGGCAUGUGUGUGGACUACGAGUGGCCACUUGCCUGGGGAGAUCCUGCGGUAGUUGUUCCCAUACCUUGCCAGAUGGUGCACAUGUCCAGCGGGCCUUCAUGCGAGUACCAUGCUGCAAGCCGCUUCUUUCGUGCCUGGAAGUGGUCGAUGGCUACGUACUUGCCCCUGACACUCGCUCUCGCUCUUCGAAACCCCUCUCGCAAAGCUCUGCGUCGAGCCAUAAUCUCGUCUUGCCGUUCCUCUAGUUUCCUCGCCACCUUCAUCACACUCUUCUACUAUGGAGUCUGUUUGAGCCGCACACGCAUCGGGCCUCGUCUUCCUGGCGGCACAACCAUUGAGCGUCGUCAGAGCAUGGAUAGUGGGAUCUGCGUUGGCACGGGUUGCCUGCUUUGUGGCUGGAGUAUCAUGAUUGAAACAGAGAGCCGGCGAAAGGAUAUUGCGCUCUUUGUUGCCCCUCGUGCCUUGGCCACUGUUCUACCUCGACGGUAUUCUUUGGACAAGGAGUGGCGAGAGAGACUUGUGUUCGCCGCCAGUACUGCCGUCGUCUUUACGUGCGUGGCAGAGAACCCCGAUCGAGUGAGGGGAGUCUUUGGAAAACUGCUCAAGAUGGUUCUUAUCUAA